AUGGGAUCUAAAAGAAAACAAAAGGAAAAACAAAAGGAUUUCAAGAAGGCUAAGCUUAAAGUAGGUAAAACUGCUCAAAAGCCAGACAACUAUACCGACACUUCAUUUAAAUCGAAAACAAUUUCAUUACCUGGUCAAUCAUUAAUAACAGUACAUUCAAAAGAUCUUUCUCAUCAAUUAUCAUUAACUAAACAUCAUUCUUCAACUACUAGAAAAGAAGUUCUUAUAAACUUAACCCAAAAUCUACCAUCAAAUCCAUCUACUUAUAAACAAAUUGUAACAAGUGUGAUACCAUUAAUACUAGAUGAAUCUAAACAAGUUAGAAUAGAAUUAUUAAAUUUAUUAAAAAAAUGUGGAGAAAAUCAAACGGGCUUAUUAGACUUACAUAAAAGAACAAUAGUUCUAUUUAUAAUCUCAGCAAUGACUCACAUUCAACCAGAUAUACGAAAUACUAGUACAAAGUUCCUAUCACUAAUGAAUGAAUUUGCAGAUUUGAAACUGUACUUUGUUAAAAUUAUGAAAAAUUUCUUUAUUUUAAUGAGUUGGUCAUUAUUAAACGAUGCAAAAUCUAAAAGUGUUUCCAUUAAUACAAGUUCAUCUAUAUUGUUGGGAGAAAAUUCCAAAAAGGCAAGAAUAGAUCAUGUACAAACAAUUACAAAAUUUUUACAAUCAACAUUAAUUGCAGAACCAACCACCAAGGAGAAUAUUCACGUAGAUCAAAUCACAAUACAUCCACAAUCAUACAAAUAUCUUUUACCAACCACCCCACAAGUUUUUGCUCCGUUAAAGCUUUUUAUAAAUGAAAUGUCAAAUGAUUCAAUAAAUUCCAUAGAAACUUUGGAUUCCUUGACCACUGAAGAUAUAGGAACUAGAUUAACAAUAAUGAACGAAUUCUUCAAAGAGAAGAUGCUCAAGAAUCUAACUAACCUAACUAAAGAAGGUGGAGAUAUAGGAAGAGAAGCAACAAAUUGUAUACGUUUAUUAGAAUCUCUAUAA